AUGCGUUCAGUAACUCGAGUCCUCUUCACCUCGGCCAUGCUGGCUGUGGCCAACGCCCAGGGCGUUAUCGUCAAGGCAGUCGGUGACAAGGGGACUAGUACUGGUCUUCAAGUCAACCCUGAUGAUCCUGCCGAUGCCAACUUCAUCUCCGCCGCUGAACUGUCCGCCAACGUCGUCAACGAGUGUGGUCGUACCAUGGUCGGAGGCAACAUCGAUAUCGGCGAAAACACCGAGAAUGCCCUGGCAGCCAACCAGGUCACUCAGGUGACCAAGGGCAGCAAGGUGACCAUGACUAUCAACACUGUCAACGAGACCGGCCAAGGUCCAUUCACUUGUGACCUGGACCCAACCUCGAACGCCCUCGGCACAAGUGGCCAGACUCCAUUGGAUGUUCAGCAGGGUAAUGCCCAGGGCAAUGGGCAGCAGCAAAUAGAGGUCACCCUGCCACAGGACAUGGCCUGCACAGGCUCAUCCCAAGGAAACGUGUGCACCGUCCGCUGCAAGAACGCCCAGGACUUCGGCGGCUGCAUCGCCGUCCAGCAGACAGACACCAAGGCGCUGCCGGCAGACAACGACCCGGCCAACAUCCAGUCGGCCCAGACGCUGGAGGGCAUCAUGGCCCAGAUCGCCCAGAACAAGCAGGACCUCCCCGCCGCCAUCCAGGGCAACGAGAACGCCGCCACCGUCCCCGAGCAGGGGCCCGAGAUCGCCCAGGCCAUCCUGGACUCGGACCCGCAGAUCACCCAGGACACCAACACGGAGAUCGCCAAGCAGGUCAAGGAGGCCGACGCCGGCGGGAACAACAACGGCGGAAAUGGAAAUGCCAACACGGGCAACGGUAAUGCCAACACGGGCAACGGAAAAGGCAAGAAGGGAGGAAACCGAGGAGGCGCCAACGCCGGGAACAACGCCGGAGGUGACACCAACAACGCGGGCGGUGCUGCCACCGGAGCUGCGACGGGAGGCAACGGACGUGGAGGCAACGGAGCCGGUCGCGGUCAAGGAAACCAAGCCGGCGGCGGUGCGACGGGUGGAAAUGGAAAUGGUGGUGGAAACGGUGCCGGACGUGGCGGUGGCCUGGCUUCACUCUUUGGCGGUGGCAAGAACAACAACAACAAACGCAUGGCACCCAGCGAGCGCCGGGCGAAGAGGUACAUCGAUGUUGGCCCGGACUUCCAGAUCGGAGGUAACUAA